AUGUCAAUGCUCAGUUGGUUGAGGGAGCAACCCCCCCUUACAGAAACACAGCUGCAAAAUCUGUUCAUUACAAUGGAGGAUUUUUUGGAGGCACUUAAAUUGGUUCAACCUUCAGCCAAGAGGGAAGGGUUUGCUACCAUCCCAGAUGUCACUUGGGAUGAUAUUGGAGCUCUCCAUGAUAUCCGUGAAGAAUUAAAAAUAGCCAUUUUGGCUCCAGUGAAAUUUCCUGAACACUUUAAAUCCCUUGGUUUAACAAGGGCACCUGGAAUCCUUCUUGCUGGACCCCCUGGAUGUGGGAAGACUCUAUUGGCUAAGGCGAUCGCAAAUGAAUCUGGUAUAAAUUUCAUAUCAGUCAAAGGUCCAGAAUUAUUAAAUAUGUAUGUUGGCGAGAGUGAAAGAGCUGUCCGCCAGGUUUUCCAGAGAGCCAGAAAUUCUGCCCCUUGUGUGAUAUUCUUUGAUGAACUGGACUCUCUCUGUCCUCGGAGACAUGACAGUGGCGAGGGAGGUGCCAGUGUGAGAGUUGUUAACCAAAUGCUUACAGAAAUGGAUGGCUUGGAAGAACGGAAGCAGGUGUUUAUUAUGGCUGCAACAAACAGACCCGACAUAAUUGACCCAGCUAUCCUGCGGCCUGGCCGAAUGGAUAAGAUAUUGUAUGUUGGUCUUCCUUCUGCUGCUGACCGUUUGGACAUUCUUAACACAAUAACAAAGAAUGGUACGAAGCCUGCAUUUGAUGAUAAAGAAUUGCUCAAAUACGUUGCCAGUGAUGACAGGUGCCGUGGUUUCACGGGUGCUGAUUUGUCAUCCUUAAUCCGGGAGGCGAGUAUAAAUGCUUUAAGAGCUAGCAUCACAGGUAACGUCAACCAAAAAGACUUACAAACAGGGUUGACGAUCAACAGUGUCCACAUAGAAGAGGCCUUCAUCAAGGUGAAACCUUCAGUCACUAUUAAGGAGCAUGAAAAAUAUGAAAAAAUGAAAGCUCGUGACCUUGCGCUUUUCUUUUUUUUCUUUUUCCUCUUUCUCCUCUUUCUCCUCUUUCUCCGUUCUUUCCCUUUUUUCUUUCUUUCUUUUUUUCUUUCUUUCUUUUUUUCUUUCUUUCUUUUUUUCUUUCUUUCUUUUUUUCUUUCUUUUUUUCUUUCUUUCUUUUUUUCUUUCUCGUUUUCUUUCUUUUUCUCUCUUUAA